CCGGGCUUGGCAGGCAAGGCAGGCAGGCCAGGCGAGCGGCCAAGAUGCUGGAGGCGGCCGGGCCGGACCCGGAGCUGGACCCGGAGGACCUGGUGCACUUCUCGGUGGGGGACCUGCCCAGCCGGGGCUACGGGGUGAUGGGCGAGAUCCGCCGGCAGGGCAAGCUCUGCGACGUCACCCUCAAGGUUGGGGACCACAAAUUCAGCGCCCACCGGAUUGUCCUGGCAGCUUCCAUCCCUUACUUCCACGCCAUGUUCACAAAUGACAUGAUGGAGUGCAAGCAAGAUGAAAUCGUCAUGCAAGGGAUGGAUCCAAGUGCACUGGAAGCUCUGAUCAACUUUGCCUACAACGGACACUUGGCAAUCGACCAGCAGAACGUCCAGUCCUUGUUGAUGGGGGCAAGCUUCCUGCAGCUGCAGAACAUCAAGGACGCCUGUUGCUCUUUCCUCAGAGAGAGGCUUCAUCCCAAGAACUGCCUGGGGGUGCGCCAGUUCGCUGAAACCAUGAUGUGUGCCGUACUCUACGACGCUGCCAACAGUUUCAUCCACCAGCAUUUUGUGGAGGUGUCCAUGUCGGAGGAGUUCCUGGCUCUGCCCUUGGAAGACGUCUUGGAGCUGGUUUCGAGAGACGAGCUCAACGUGAAGUUGGAGGAGCAGGUCUUUGAAGCCGCCUUGGCCUGGGUGAGGUACGACCGUGAGCACCGAGAGCCCUGUUUGCCCGAGCUCCUCUCCAAAAUCCGCCUGCCCCUUUGCCGGCCUCAGUUCCUCAGUGACCGCGUGCAACAGGACGACCUCGUUCGCUGCUGCCACAAGUGCAGGGACCUUGUGGAUGAAGCGAAAGACUAUCACCUCAUGCCAGAGCGCCGGCCGCACCUCCCGGCCUUCAAAACCCGCUCCCGUUGCUGCACCUCUAUCGCAGGGCUGAUCUACGCCGUGGGAGGCCUCAACUCAGCAGCGAAUUUCUAUGCAGGCGACUCGCUGAACGUGGUGGAAGUCUUCGACCCCAUUGCCAACCACUGGGAGAAGUGCCAGCCAAUGACAACAGCUCGUAGCCGCGUGGGUGUCGCUGUGCUGAAUGGACUCUUGUACGCCAUUGGUGGAUAUGACGGGCAGUUGCGACUGAGCACCGUGGAAGUUUACAACCCCGAGACGGAUUCUUGGUCCAAAGUGGGCAGCAUGAACAGCAAACGAAGUGCCAUGGGAACAGUAGUUCUGGAUGGACAAAUCUACGUUUGUGGCGGGUACGACGGCACCUCUUCCCUCAACUCCGUGGAAACAUAUUCACCUGAAACAGACAAGUGGAUGGUGGUGACCCCAAUGACCUCUAACCGCAGCGCGGCUGGCGUCACGGUCUUCGAAGGCAGGAUCUUUGUCUCUGGGGGCCACGACGGAUUGCAGAUCUUCAAUAGUGUGGAGUACUAUAACCACCACACGGCCUCGUGGCACUGUGUGGCCAGCAUGCUGAACAAGCGCUGUCGGCACGGCGCCGCCUCUCUGGGCAGCAAGAUGUUCGUCUGUGGCGGCUACGACGGCUCCGGCUUCCUCAGCAUCGCCGAGGUCUACAACUCCAUGGCGGACCAGUGGUACCUAAUAGUUCCCAUGAACACCCGGCGCAGCCGCGUCUCCCUUGUAGCAAACUGUGGCCAUCUGUACGCCGUGGGAGGCUACGACGGACAGUCGAACCUGAGCUCGGUAGAAAUGUACGACCCCGAAACCAACCGCUGGACGUUUAUGGCCCCAAUGGUGUGUCACGAGGGAGGGGUUGGGGUAGGAUGCAUACCCCUCCUGACUAUCUGAGGGU